AUGUAUGUUGAGAAAAAGAAAGGGCUUGAUGAUGAGAAGAGUUUGGUUGAGAAGAGGUUGAAGGAGUUUGAGUUUGCUAUGGAGUCCAUUUUACAGCACCUGGAAGAGAGUAACAUAGUGGAGAGUGGUGAAGAUUUUGUUCCUGUGUUAAGUUUUGAUGGAAAUUUUGAUUGGAAGAAGAUUCACAGCCUUAUUGUUAGGGAGCUUCGGAGACUUGAAGAAGGAUUGCCCAUCUAUGCUUAUAGGCAGGAAAUUCUUCCGCAAAUACAUCAUCAACAAAUAACUGUGUUGAUCAGAGAGACUGGUUCUGGGAAGAGUACUCAAAUAGUGCAGUUUCUAGCUGAUUCUGGCAUUGGGGCUGAUGGGUCAAUUGUGUGCACCCAACCUCGCAAGAUUGCAGCCAAGUCAUUGGCUCAAAGGGUACAGGAGGAAAGUAGUGGAUGUUAUGAAGAAAGUUCUAUACAGUGUGUUUCUACAUUUUCAUCAAGUAAGAAGUUUGAUUCCAGGAUAUCAUUCAUGACAGAUCACUGUUUAUUGCAGCGGUACAUGGGCGAUAGAAAUUUGUCUGGAGUGUCGUGCAUUAUAGUUGAUGAGGCUCAUGAAAGGAGCUUAAAUACAGAUCUACUGUUGGCAUUGAUAAAUAAUUUACUAUGUAAGAGGGUUGAUUUGUGCCUUAUCAUUAUGUCUGCUACAACUGAUGUAAAACAGCUAUCGGAUUAUUUCUAUGGCUGUGAAGUUUUUCAUGUAAAUGGGAGAAACUUCCCGGUUGAGAUGAGAUAUGUUCCUUCUAAUUAUGGACAUCAUUCUGGCUCUGCUGCUGUGGAUUCCUAUGUUGUUGAUGUUGUCAAAAUGGCAACAGAGAUUCAUAAAAUAGAGAAGGAAGGAACCAUUCUUACCUUUCUGACCUCACAGGUAGAAGUAGAAUGGGCUUGUGAAAAGUUUAAAGUCCUAUCUGCUGUUGCUCUGCCCUUGAAUGGAAAACUUACAUCCGAAGAGCAAUUUCAUGUUUUCCAGAACUAUCCUGGAAAAAGUAAAGUGAUAUUUUCAACCAAUCUUGCAGAGACAUCAAUUACAAUUCCUGGUGUCAAGUAUGUGAUAGAUUCUAGGUUGGUUAAAGAUUACCGAUUUGAUCCUUGCACUGGGAUGGAUGUACUUAAGGUUUGUUGGAUCAGCCAGAGCUCAGCUAAUCAAAGGGCUCGUCGUGCUGGGAGGACUGAGCCUGGCAGGUGCUAUAGGAUGUACUCAGAAGCUGAUUAUCAUUCUAUGGAACUAAAUCAAGAACCUGAGAUUCGGAGAGUUCAUCUUGGUGUAGCAGUUUUGAAGAUCCUUGCUUUAGGGGGUGAAGAAUGUGCAGGAUUUUGA